CAAAAAUCAAAAUAGAAAUUAUUCAUUCUAGAGGAGCUAUUUGAUAAAAACCUUUAAAACUAAGAGAAAAAUAUGGGAUUAUUUGGAAAAACACCAGAAAGAAAUCCCAAAGAUUUGGUUACAGAAUGGAAUCAUAAAUUAAGGAAAGAAGGCUAUCAACUUGACAGACAAAUUAGAGCUAUUCAACGUGAAGAGGAAAAAGUCAAAAGAUCGCUGAAAGAGGCAGCCAAAAAAAAUGACAAGGACACCUGCCUGAUUUUGGCAAGAGAAAUUAUACAUUCUAGAAAAGCCAUUAACAAAAUAUAUACUUCUAAAGCCCAUCUUAAUUCAGUAAUGUUACAAAUGAAGAAUCAAUUAGCUACAUUGAGGAUAGCAGGCGCCCUUCAAAAAUCCACUGAAGUAAUGCAAGCCAUGCAACGUCUUGUAAGGGUUCCAGAAGUAGCUCAGACAAUGCAAGAGAUGUCCAAAGAAAUGAUGAAAGCUGGAAUAAUAGAAGAAAUGUUAGAUGAAACAAUGGAAGAUCUAGAAGACACUGAAGAAAUGGAAGAGGCGGCACAGAAUGAAAUCGAUAAGGUUCUGUUUGAAAUUACAGAAGGAAAAAUUGGAGAAGCUCCCCUACCUCCUACAGAACCAGCGGAACAGGUUGGACCUAAACCAUCGCGGUCUGUGGAAGAACCUCAAGAGGAUGAAGAGGAAAUUGAAGAAAUGCAAAGUAGGUUGGCUGCUCUCAAAUCUUAAAAAUUAUUCAACAUCCUGCUUGAACCAUUUGUUGUGAAUUUCUAGAUUUUACUAUUUGUGAUAUAGUAACAAUGUUUCUAAAAAAUUGUAUUAAGUAUUCUUAUAAUAUUUGAUACUCAUAAACAGACAAUUAUUAAAUAUUUAUUUGUAAAUGUAUUCAGUAUGUGUUAUCAUAAAU